AUGGCCGCCUCGUCCUCCGGCUCUUCUUUUACUUCUUCCUCUCUUGGCCGCCCGCCCUCCUACGCCCAACCAUACGCAAGUCCGCUUGACUCAACUUGGACCCCGACGUCCGGCGCUUCAACCAUCUCAGCUCUCACCUCCGAAGCCUCGGCCCCUCACGCCUCCCUCCGUCCGCUAGAUCUUGGUCCCCCGGGCUAUCAAGCGACCAUAACCCUCUUUGAAAAUACUCCCAACGAGCGCACUGUCUACUUAGGCCCUUGGGAGGUGGUUGGCUCCGAGCAGCGCCGCGUUCUGUGGCAGUGCAGCUACCAGAGCGAGCUUCUUGAACACUUCCUUCCGUCUGAUAUUCCCGCCGAUGUCUUUCCACAUACCCUUCACUCCCGCCAUCGGCCGUACACAGACCCAUGCGAACUUGAGCUGUACGUCAGCUUCCGUGAGCCACACCGCGUAAGGUAUACGACAGGCGAGGGCAUGGUCAUGCACGACCAUUUAAUGGAAGUCAAGUACGAGUUUACUACCGUCGAGAGCUCUCUGCGAUUCCAAGGAGAUGUCCGCCGAAAAGACCUAGUCGACUACUACGACAUUGAUGUGGUAUGGUCCGACGUGCAUGGACGAACAGACGGCUUUGGCAAUAUAAGGGGCAUGGGGUUGGUGCAGAGACUAAAGCUGUGGAGAGACCGCUACUCUACCUAUCACUCACUGACCGUGUUCGCCAACCGCGCCGGAGGCCGUCAGCAUCGGGAAUACGAGAUGCACAAUUUUGAAGGCGAACUGCGCAAUCGCGACGAUCGGCAUCGCCAGGUUCGUCUGACGGUCCGCGGUAGCCGGCGCAGCAGUGCGCCGGAUAGUGGCUCGUCACGUUCCCGGUUCGCCUUCUCACAUCGCAUGCGGCCCCGUGUCCGUUCGGGUUCGCAGGGCGGAGGCUCCAACUCGGAAGCAAGCUCAUCGCCAGGCACCCUAGACAUGCGCUACUUGGGUAUUCAGUUCAGCAAACGUGAAGACUAUCGCAGGUUUCUCGAGAAAUGGGUCGUGGCGCACAGCUCCGACAGCGAAUUCCAUGGCAUACCCUUUCCACCGCACCACGUUGAGCUGCCGUCUCCCCAAAUCCUACCAGGAGAGAUGUCGGAACUGCCAUCACCUGACAUAGGUAGUGGGCUUCAGCCGGUUGUCGAGCCACCAGACUCUUACGAGUCGGACUCGACUCCUUGA